UGCGCCGCCGGGGCCGGUCUCUGCCGCGCAAGAGCAGCCGCCAGCGGGCACCUCCGGCCCCGGGAUCCCGGCCGGCCCAGGAGGGAUGGCGAGGUGCCUUUAGGAGCUGCGGCGGAGGAGGAGGCGGCGGCGGCGGCAACAGCAGCAACCGGCUUGGAGUGGGGUGUGGGUGGGGAUGAUGGCUACCCCUGUGGGGGCAGGUUUGCGGAGCAGCGCGGGGAGGGUUGCGGUGGAGAGCCGCGGAGGACUUUCCCCGAAGGGCGGCGGGGGUCGCCGCCUCGGAGAGCUCGCCUUCUCGCCUUGGCUCACGCCAGCGGCGCCCCUCUCGGCUCGCCUCAGGGAAGACAGGGGGAAAAAGACAGAACUUGAUGUACUAGAAAUCCCAUCCAUACCAAAUCCCUUCCCAGAGCUUUGCUGCUCUCCGUUUACAUCUGUUUUGUCAGCCAGCCUGUUGCCCAAGGCAAAUCCCAGGAUAAAACAGGUAAUCAAAAUAUAUAGUGAGGAUGACUCUAGCAGAGCUUUGGAAGUACCAAGUGAUAUAACAGCCAGAGAUUUGUGCCAGUUGCUCAUACUAAAGAACCAUUAUGUGGAUGAUCACAGCUGGACUAUGUUUGAACAUCUCACUUCCUUAGGUUUAGAGAGAAUAAUUGAAGACCAUGAAAUGAUGAUUGAAAUCCAGUCAAGAUGGGGAAUUGAAGAAGGCAAUAGAUUUUAUUUUAGAAAAAAUUAUGCCAAAUACGAGUUCUUCAAAAACCCUGAGACUUUCUUCCCUGAACACCUGAUAUCCUUCUCAAAUGAGAUAAAUGGAGCCAUGAGCCACACGCAGAUAUUGCAGAUGUUUUUAAGUUCCAGUACAUACCCUGAAAUUCACAGUUACUUACAUGCUAAAGAGCAAGGGAAAAAAACCUGGAAAAGGAUGUACUUUUUGCUGCGAAGAUCGGGUCUGUAUUUUUCCACUAAGGGGACGUCAAAGGAGCCAAGGCACCUGCAGCUUUUCAGUGAAUUCAGCAGUAGUGACAUAUAUGUGUCUUUGACAGGCAAAAAGAUAUCUGGAGUGCCAGUCAGCUAUGGGUUCUGCUUUAAGCCUCAGAAAGCAGGAGGAGCCAGAGACCUGAAACAACUUUAUGCAGAAAGUGAACAAAAUAGGACCUGCUGGGUGACAGCAAUUCGGUUGCUUAAGUAUGGGAUGCAGCUUUACCAGAAUUACAUGCAUCCCUACCAAGGUAGAAGCGGGUGCAUUUCUCUGAGCACACCUGUGAGAAGUGUUUCAGAGAAUUCUCUAGUGGCCAUGGACUUCACAGGACAUAAACCCAGAGUGAUUGAAAACCCCACAGAAGCCCUUUCAGUUGCAGUGGAAGAAGGAUUAGCAUGGCGGAAAAAAGGGUGCCUGCGACUUGGUGUUCACAGUAGUCCAAGUGCUCUGCAGAAUGUGUCAUCGAAUAUAGCCAUACACAGUUCACAGCCGUGGUUUCACCAUAAGAUCUCUAGAGAUGAGGCGCACCAACUAAUUUUGCGACAAGGGCUGGCAGAUGGUGUUUUCUUGGUACGGGAUAGCCAGAGUAACCCCAGAACCUUUGUGCUGUCACUGAGCCAUGGAUUGAAAAUAAAGCACUUUCAAAUUGUACCCUUGGAAGAGGAAGGCAAGCUGUUUUAUACGCUGGAUGAUGGCCACACCAGAUUUUCUGAUCUCAUUCAACUAGUGGAGUUCUACCAGCUCAAUAAAGGCAUCCUACCUUGCAAGUUAAAACAUUACUGUGCUCGAAUUGCAUUUUAACCAAAAUGUUAACACCUCACCAAAGCCUCGUAGGAUAGAAAGGCUGAAUGUUCCUUUUGACAAAGAAGUUUUGUAAAUGAAGGGAGUAAACAAAAAGCCAGUGAAUGUAAAAUUCAGCUUGCAAAGAAGGAUUUGUAUUCACCAUAGCAAAACAAAAUCCAGUACUUUCGUGUUAGAGUUGGCUAAUCAACAGUUGAUCUUCCAAAAAAUGAAUCUGAAGCUGAAAUUGUAACGCUGCAAUCCUAGGGAGUAUUUUUCAAAUGCCAAUAAAUGUCUUUUUCACUAGUUUCCUUUA